AUGGAUGGUGUAACAAUGGGAUUUGGUAUUGGCCUAUCUGGACAUGGUCGCUACAGAAUUAUAACAGAGGAAACUCUUCUUGCUAUGCCAGAGAAUGGAAUUGGUUUGUUUCCAGAUGUUGGAUUUGCUUACAUAGCAGCACAAACUCCAGGAGAAGGAUUAAUUGGUCUUAGGACACAUUUUUUCCCAUCUGGAAGUCUGGGCCCACUUAAGGAGACUCUCUUUCCUGAGGAUCCACAUCAUGAGCUGAAGCAAUAUUGGGGAAGUAUAGUAGCAACCCUGAAAGAGCUGGAAAAGUAUCAGCAAAAUACUGAUGCAUCAGUUUCACAGUGGGUCGUCGGUGUUGUUUAUAGCAUUCGAACAUGUUUUGUUUUUCCCCAAACCAUAUGGAGAAAAGCCCUAGCUGCAUCAAUCUUCCGUGUCGAUUCUCUUUUUUCGGAGAAAUUUUACUUUACUCUCUUAGACCAGUCAUUAACACCAUCGAACCAUUCACUGUUCAUGACGGCCCGGUGGAGUUGGUAUCACUGUUUAAUUCGAUUACGGAGAAAUGCCACGAAGACCUUUGGAAGGUUGACAGCAAAGAACAAGUUCUUACAGUACUUGAUUUUUUUUUUUUUUUUUUGCAAUAGUAUGUGUAUUCAGUCGAGCUGCAAAAUGGCAAAAAAAAUAGGCUUUUGCUAUCAUGGCAGAUUCAGUUGAGCAUUCAUUCGACAGAGCAAACAUAUCAAUGUUAUCCACCCCAGCCAUCUUAUGAGCAU